CCUUUCUGUUGCCCUGCUACAGGUUUCCUUCCAGCUCCCGGAGCGCAUUUCCUAAUAGUGAGAGGCAGAAGCACUCCGUCUAACUCCGACUGAACCAGCUGUCAUCAAUGCAUCAUGUGUUUGGGACCUCAGAAGAAACCAUGGAAGCUGAGCAUUGAGAGCCUGAGGAAAGUUCAAGCCCAGCUGGAGUCCAAGAGGCUGAUGACUCCAAUGUUAAGGAGAUGCUUUGAGCUGGCCCUAAAGCAAUUCCCUCAGGAGCCCCAGUGUGUGCAGGACAAUGCCCAGGUGGUCAUUGCAAGCCAGAUGAUGGAGCUGGAGUUUGUCUCUGGAGAAGGGGAGUGUAAGAUCAAGGUUUCCGCUGCUGAAGGCUGUCCCCAGUACAAAGUGAGGGAACCCACAAAAUCCAUGUACCUGGCCAGGCUCCUCCACCAGCCUCAACUGCUGACUACUGAAAACCUUAAGAACAUCAAGAAAACACUGGAGACCUGGGGUUCUCUGAGCGAGGAGAUGGAGCUGUGUUUCGAGGAGGUCCUCAAGGAGUUCCCUCAAGAACCCCUGUGUGUGAGGAGCAAUGCUCAUCUGGUGAUCCACUGUGAUGGGAUGGAGCUGAGAUUUGUUUCAGGAGAAAGGGAAUGUGAGAUUACUGUGUGCGGUAGUGAACCCCGAUACAAAGUCAAGGAACUCACGGCAGAAGUGUUCCUGGAAAGGUUGCUAUCCCGGCCCCAAAGGCUGAGCAUGGACAACCUCCAGAGAAUCCGCAAAGGGCUGGCAUCCUGGACAGAGAUAAGCACAGAGCUGAGAGCCUGUUUCAACCUCUUUCUGGAGAAGUUUCCCAAUGAGCCAGCAUGCAUCCAAGAAAUCCCCACCAUGAACAUGAAGUGGGAUGGAACAAGGCUGCAAUUCCUCGAGGGAGAUCUCACAGUCACUGUCACAUGGCUGAAUGAUAAAGCUACCUACAAAGUUCAAGUAAAGACCUGGGCGAUAUAUCAAGAGAUGCUCAAGUUUAGUGAACAACCCCUAAGUAAGGAGAACCUCCUGAUGGUGCGCCAGGAGGUGAGGAAUCUGCAAGGAGUGCCUGACAAGGUUGAGGAUGUUUUCAACAUGGCCAUAGAGAAGUUCUUCGCUGAGCAGGAGGUCCUACAGAAUAAUGCAAAGCUGGUCAUGAAGUGUGAUGUUGGGGAGAUCGUCUUUGUCUCUGGGAAAGGAGAGAACAUAGUGGACGUGUACCUCAACGAUGGCAAGGUUUACUACAAAAAUCUGCAGGAGACAACAGUAGUGAAACUCUAUAAGAAAUUAAUGGACAUAAUCUCAAGUUUGAAGGAGUCAUUAAUUAAUAUGGUCAAACACUUUCCUGAGUUCUUUAAAUUGCUUCCACUAAUUGGAAAAUAUAUGUAACAAAAGCCAACAGCAAGUCAGUAAGGUGGUUCCAAAGCAAUGAAGAGACCAAUCCAGAGUAUGGCUCCCAGCUCCCCCUCCCCAAACUUGAACCCACUAAUCCCCACAGUCCUUCCAGAGGUAGGAGAGAACCCAGAUGUCCUGGUUCCUCAGGCCUCCUGAUCUCAUACCUGAGAUCCCACAGUCCUCCCACAGUGGGGAGAGAACCCAGGAGUCCUACCUAGUGGCCACUUCUGCUGUCACCACUUCCCCCAGCUCUCUCUCUCUCUCUCUCUCUCACACACCCCCUUGCUGGGCCUGCUGCGAUCCUGGCUGCACAGGGCAUGUGAGUGUGUGUGCCACUCCGCCCUGCCACAGCAGCCUGCGGCCAGGCUUCCCUGGGUCUGUACCUGCUGCCCUGCACUUGGUGGUGCUGAGCCCCAUUACCCCGCCACCUCUGCCCCCUUCUGCCCCCAAGGCUCAGAGGCAGCUGAAGAGCAGGAGCUUUUUUUUGGAUCACCAAUUCUGAUUCAGGUGUUAACAACCCUUUCUCCCUUGGAAGGGUCUUGAUCUUCCACUAUUCAGGCUAUCCUUUCUUCUGCAAUGUUGCUGUCUGUUGGGCCUUC